GCGAAGCCAUUAAACAAAACGGCAAAGGAAAUGACACACGACGAUUGGACCACUGAAUCAAAAUCAAAUUUUCUCCAGAACUAACAGAGGAAGAACUCUCUAGGGUUUACCGGGUUCAAAUCUCCCAAGCAGGAUAGUAACAGAAAAAAAAGGAUAGGAACUUGUUGAAAUAGCCGAGACCAAGAUGCAAGUUGUUCCUCGAGAGAGUGACAAUCCUUUGCCUGUCUCUCACCCAAGGCCGAUGGACUGGUCUGCCGUCCCUUAUACUGGUCCACCGGGUCCUGGGCCAAAUGGAAAGCAACGGACAUCAAGCUUGGAAUCACCUAUCAUGUUACUCACUGGUCAUCAGAGUGCUGUAUAUACAAUGAAAUUUAAUCCAGCAGGAAAUCUCAUUGCAUCUGGAUCGCAUGACAAAGAAAUUUUUCUUUGGUAUGUCCAUGGGGAGUGCAAAAAUUUCAUGGUGUUGAAGGGGCAUAAAAAUGCUGUUCUGGAUCUUCACUGGACUACUGAUGGCUACCAGAUAAUAUCAGCCAGUCCAGACAAAACCGUCAGGGCAUGGGAUAUUGAGACUGGUAAACAGAUAAAGAAAAUGGCAGAACACUCAUCUUUCGUGAAUUCGUGCUGUCCAUCUCGGAGAGGGCCUCCACUUGUUGUUAGUGGAUCUGAUGAUGGAACCGCAAAACUUUGGGACAUGAGGCAGAGGGGUGCCAUCCAAACAUUUCCAGAUAAAUACCAAAUCACAGCUGUCGGCUUCUCUGAUGCAUCAGAUAAGAUCUUCACAGGUGGUAUAGACAAUAAUGUUAAGGUAUGGGAUCUGCGCAAAAAUGAAGUAACAAUGAAACUUGAAGGCCAUCAAGAUAUGAUUACUGGUAUGCAGUUGAGUCCUGAUGGCUCAUAUCUUCUUACUAAUGGUAUGGACUGCAAGCUCUGCAUUUGGGAUAUGCGCCCAUAUGCACCACAGAAUCGCUGUGUUAAGGUACUAGAAGGGCACCAACACAACUUUGAAAAGAACUUGUUGAAAUGUAGCUGGUCACCAGAUGGAAGCAAAGUUACUGCUGGUAGCUCAGAUCGGAUGGUGUAUAUAUGGGACACAACUUCUCGACGCAUAUUAUAUAAGCUUCCUGGCCAUACUGGAUCUGUCAAUGAGUGCGUAUUCCACCCUACUGAGCCUAUCGUUGGAUCUUGCAGUAGUGAUAAACAGAUUUAUCUUGGAGAGAUCUGAUUAUGAUGUUUUAAGUGGACCAAAAAGAAAUUACACUUAGCAUUGAGAAUAUUUCGGAGAGCUAAAAAUGUCAGUAUCCUACAAAUUUGGUGAAUAGAUUGUAUUCCUCCUGUAGUUUCUUGGCUGAAUUUGACUUUACUAUUUAAUGCUAAAACAUUCUUACUUUUUUACUGAAAUAUCAAGUUUGAACCUUGACCAUGUAUGCUAGAUGGAAUGUGCUGCUA